GCCGAGGCGUGAGGUCGCGCUGCCGCCUGACAGUUAUUCAGUCGGGUUGCGGCAGCCUCGUGCCGUGGCAGCGCGCGCGCGCGCGACUCCUUCGGGCUGCCGAAGCCCCAGCGCUGCCGUCGCCAGGCGCCGCUUCAGCAGCGUCCGCGCCCCGCUGCCGCUUGGGCGCCUGAGCGGCAACCAGGGGAGGUGCCGCCGCGACCAUGCCGGUGCCCGGGCGGGGGAAGGAGCCAACGGGAGCGGCCGCCCUGCCAGAGCCGAGCAGCGCCCGCCGGGACAGGCGCCUGCCCCGCGCCUGAGCCCGCGCCCGGAGCCCGCACCAUGGACGAGCGGCUCCACAAGUGGCUCCUGCCGCCGCUGCUGACGCUGCUCUCCGUGCUCAUCAUGUACCAGUACGUGUCCCCGUCCUGCCCCGGCGCCGCCUGCCCGCGCCGCCCGCCCGCCGCGCACCGCGGGGCCCCGGCCCGGGCCGCCCAGCCGCCGCACCAGGAGGGGGCGGCGGCGGCGGCGGCGGCGCUGCCGCGGCUGGUGCCCAAGUUCCCGUUCGCGCGGGCCGAGCUGUGCCGCCGGGUGCAGUUCGACAUGCGGGGCCGCGACGUGAUCGUCUUCCUGCACAUCCAGAAAACGGGCGGCACCACCUUCGGGCGGCACCUGGUGCGCAACAUCCGCCUGGAGCAGCCCUGCUACUGCCGCGCCGGCCAGAAGAAAUGCACCUGCCACCGGCCCGGGGGGGACAAGGACACCUGGCUCUUCUCCCGCUUCUCCACCGGCUGGAGCUGCGGGCUGCACGCCGACUGGACCGAGCUCACCAGCUGCGUGCCCGCCGCCAUGGAGCGCAGGGGCUGCCCCGGCAACCGCACCCUCAGGAACUUCUAUUACAUCACAAUGCUGAGGGAUCCAGUGUCACGGUAUUUGAGUGAAUGGAAACAUGUCCAGAGAGGUGCAACGUGGAAAACUUCCCUCCAUGUGUGUGAUGGAAGAAGUCCAACGCCAGAUGAGCUGCCUACCUGUUACCUGGGGGAUGAUUGGUCUGGAGUCAACUUGCAGGAUUUCAUGGAUUGUGGUUACAACCUGGCUAACAACCGCCAGGUUCGCAUGCUGGCAGACCUGAGCCUGGUUGGAUGUUACAACUUGACUUUUAUGAAUGAAAGUGAGAGAAAUAUGAUCCUUCUCCAAAGCGCCAAGAACAACCUGAAAAACAUGGCCUUUUUUGGACUCACAGAGUUUCAGAGGAAAACACAGUAUCUCUUUGAGAGGACAUUCAACCUUAAGUUCAUUUCCCCAUUCACCCAGUUCAAUAUUACCCGGGCCUCUAAUGUGGAUAUUGAUGAAGGGGCCCGGAAACGCAUAGAGGUGUUGAACUUCCUGGACAUGCAGCUUUAUGAAUAUGCUAAAGACCUCUUUCUCCAACGCUUUCAGUACUCCAAGCAAGAGGAGCACCAGAAGAACCGGCAAAAACGACGGGAGGAGCGGAGGCUACUCCGGGAGCAAAGAGCGCACCAGUGGCAGAAGGAAGAAGCAGCAGCAGAAAUAGCUGUUACCGAAGAUUAUAACAGUCAGGUGGAGCGAUGGUGACACUUUUCAUUCUUAGACAAAUAAAAGAAAAGAGAAGUGAAAACCCUGAUAAUUUCUUGAACUUGGUUACUCAGAGAUUACACAAGGAAUGAGUGUUGCCUUGGUAAAUGAGACUGAGUCUCACAGCUGCCCUUCUUUGUCUUAGUUUUUCUUAGUUUCUAUCAGCUAGGAGAAUAUAUAUAUUUUUGUGUUUCUCAAUACACCUUAUAUCAGUGUUAUUAACUGGCAAUGGAAUAGAUUCUUAUCCAAUACUAAC